GCCAUCUCUCUGACGAACAGAUGGAGAAAACCUUUUGUAUUUCGGAGGAGGCGGGAGCGCGGGAGCUGUCGCGCCCCCCCUCUGUUAAAUGCUUUCCUUUGCCGAUGUGCAAGGUGCAGGCGGCUGCAAGGCGAAACCCUAAGCGCCCGGGGCCGGGUGUGGCUGGCCGCCAGCCAGCGCGGCUUCUUCGGAAUCUUCCCCACACACUCGUUUCCCCGGCAAGAGUGCCUGCAUAUAAUUCCCUUGCCGGGGCACGGGACAGCAGCCACCGCCCCAUGGCGCCCCCAGCGCCGCGCAGUCCCCGCGCGGAUGGGAUCCGCCGUGCCCGGACCGGCUGCGGCCGCGCUGCGCGACGGGGAUUGUAGUGCAGCGCCGCAGUCCUGGAAGGUUAAACGCCUGCUAGCGCAAAGGGAGACGAUCCCCCCUCAAACUCCUGUGUGUCUUAUGAAAAACCAUCAUUUAUCCUUUAUAGCGUAUUUACCAUUUUAAUGAGCUACGUUUUAAAGUGUAGCCCUAGCCUGCUCGUACUGUGUGGGACGAGACAUCGUUAAGUUCCACGGAGCUGCCAGGACCUUCCCAUCCCGUCGUCCACCGCGCCAAGAUGUCGGCGGCUAUCGCCGCGCUCGCCUCCUACGGCGACUCCGACUCGGAGCCCGACUCGGAGCCCGAGGCCGAGAGCGGCUCCCAGAGCGCUGUUGUGCUCGCCAGUCGCGACGCUGUGCUGCACCUCCGGGCACCGCCUGCCGCCCCCCCGACGCUGGCCGUUGACGCGGCCCCGGAAGUAGCCGUGAAGGAAGAUGUGGAAACAGGAGUCCACCUUGAUCCUGCUAUCAAGGAAGUUCAGUACAAUCCCACUUAUGAAACCAUGUUUGCACCUGAGUUUGGACCAGAAAACCCAUUUAGGACUCAACAAAUGGCUGCACCUAGGAAUAUGCUUUCUGGAUAUGCAGAACCAGCUCACAUCAAUGACUUCAUGUUUGAACAACAAAGAAGAACAUUUGCAACUUAUGGUUAUGCAUUAGAUCCUUCUAUAGAUAACCCUGAAGUUGCCACCAAAUACAUUGGUUCUGUAGAAGAAGCUGAAAAAAAUCAAGGUUUAACAGUGUUUGAAACAGGACAAAAGAAAAUUGAAAAGAGGAAGAAGUUUAAAGAGAAUGAUGCAUCCAAUAUUGAUGGGUUUUUGGGACCAUGGGCAAAGUAUGUUGAUGAGAAAGAAGUAGCCAAACCAUCAGAAGAAGAACAGAAAGAGCUGGAUGAAAUAACAGCUAAGAGGCAGAAGAGAGGAAAAGUAGAAGAUGAUAAACCUGGAGAGGAAAAGACCAUAUUACAUGUUAAGGAGAUGUACGACUAUCAAGGCAGGUCCUAUCUUCAUGUCCCUCAAGAUGUUGGAGUUAAUCUCCGUUCAACAGUGCCACCUGAGAAGUGCUAUCUGCCAAAGAAACAGAUCCAUGUGUGGUCUGGACAUACGAAGGGUGUCAGUGCAGUUAGAUUGUUUCCCCUCUCUGGACACAUACUGUUGUCUUGCUCUAUGGAUUGCAAAAUUAAGCUGUGGGAAGUUUAUGGUGACCGAAGAUGUCUACGAACAUUUAUUGGACAUAGCAAAGCUGUUCGGGACAUCUGUUUUAAUAAUGCUGGCACUCAGUUCCUUAGUGCUGCAUAUGAUCGCUACCUGAAACUCUGGGACACUGAAACAGGGCAGUGCAUUUCAAGAUUCACAAACAGGAAGGUUCCUUACUGUGUCAAGUUCAAUCCUGAUGAAGAUAAACAGAAUCUCUUUGUUGCAGGAAUGUCAGACAAAAAAAUUGUCCAGUGGGAUAUUCGAAGUGGUGAGAUCGUGCAGGAAUACGAUAGGCACUUGGGAGCUGUCAACACCAUUGUGUUUGUGGAUGAAAAUAGGAGGUUUGUGAGUACUUCUGAUGACAAGAGCUUAAGAGUCUGGGAAUGGGACAUUCCUGUAGACUUCAAGUACAUAGCUGAGCCAAGUAUGCAUUCGAUGCCAGCCGUGACUUUGUCUCCUAAUGGGAAAUGGUUGGCUUGCCAGUCGAUGGAUAACCAAAUUCUGAUCUUUGGAGCUCAGAACAGGUUCAGAUUGAACAAGAAGAAAAUUUUCAAAGGCCACAUGGUAGCUGGCUACGCUUGCCAAGUGGAUUUUUCACCUGACAUGAGCUAUGUGAUAUCUGGGGAUGCAGACGGAAAACUGAACAUCUGGGACUGGAAGACAACAAAACUCUACAGCAGAUUAAAAGCACAUGACAAAGUCUGUAUUGGGGCAGUGUGGCAUCCACAUGAAACAUCUAAAGUCAUCACGUGUGGCUGGGAUGGUCUGAUUAAAUUAUGGGACUAAAUAGGGUGCUACAGAGAUCUAACACUGCCAGUCCUGCAUACAUCUGGUACCCAAGUGAGGCCUGCUGUGAGCAGACGUUUCUCAGUCCACAGCUCUGUACAUACACAUUAAAAGUGGGAAAUCUUCUCAAGUCACAACCAAAAGGAUACAGCUCUAAAUAGGACACUCUGAGAAGGAGAAGCUGAGGUCACCUGAAGCAUGCAGCAUCCAGUGUUUGUCCUGUCACCCUUUGUGCUCUUGUAAAAUAAAACAGUUUUCAGAAUAAACUGCUUUUUUUUGUGAUUCUGGCUGUAAAGGGAGGGAACUGGCAAUUGUCUAACGCUCUUCCUAAGGAGGAGUCUUUGCUGUAUGCUGCACUAGAGCCGGGCAUGAUUUCUGUCCCUGGCUUUGGGGUGGUAUUUUAUCAUCCCCAUGAGAGCUCUGUCUUUAUAGAACACAACUCUGCUUGCUAAGAUCUGUUAACUUGCAGUAGAAGUGAAGAACUAAUCCAGCUAGAAGUCAUCAGGUAAAACUGGCUCUUCAUAAAUCUUUCUGCAUCAUGCUGAUCACUGAGUUUCAGCUUUACAGGUACCCUUCCAUCUCAAGCUUUUGCUUGCAGUGGUUGUGUUAAGUCUUGUUUUUCCUCUUCCCAUGUCCUGCUCUCUUCCAAUAAGCAUGACACAACACCACCAACCAAGUGAAUGUCUCUUGUUGAGUUUGCAAUCUGCUGUAUUACAAGCCCCAGGAAGUUUUGGAGAGGUUAAUGUAUAUACAUGGGAUGCUUUUUCCUCUUUACAGAACUUAUUUUUAAUAAACCCUUUUCUAAUAA